AUGGUGGCCAACACAGCAGCAUACCCCAGUUUAGCUGCGCUCAACCUGCCAAUGAAGAGAGCACGUGAGGAGUUGAGUGCUCUUACGACCGACCCGCCCCUCCUGGUGAAUGCAUCUCGGGAUGAGCUCGGGCUGCCUCGUCGUGUGGCGCAGCGCCCUCAGUCCUUGAGGGAGCUUCUUCAGCUGCGUGGCGAGAGGGGGGCAGCAGCAAGCCCUGUGGCCUGGUGUGGGACGCACGUGCUGCUGGGAUUCAGCAGCGACGAACCUGCCUUCAUCCAGCGCUCUGCUCUUUCGGCUCCUCCGCCCACCCAGCCAUGUGCAGUGCUGCCAUCGCCAAUCCCACCCCAGCUCGCUGCUUUGCCUGCCUCCGCUCCCUGCAUUGGGGAUUUCGACCCCUGCUGUGGGGAGUUGGCUUCAUGCUUUGGAGACGCGCCUUCUGCUGGCGCCCGUGCUGCUGCGCAGCAUCUGGCCCAGUCCGUUGACUCGUGCAACGGCCACAGUGACUUGCACGACAACAAGCCCGACAUGCCAGUGCACGACACCAGUAACCACGACAUCCCAGUGAACGACAACAGCAAUGUGCCCUACGGCAGGAGCGAAAGCCUCUUUCUCGACGCACCCAUCUCCCACCUGUGCCUCGCUGAGCCCACCACCACCGGGCCAAGGGCAGUCUUUGGCAAUGGCAGCCCUCAGCAUUCACAUGACACACUCUCACACCAGAAGGCCCCACACAUGCCAGCUCCCGUGCCUCCUCCUGCUCUGCCGCACACGCAGCCUCAUGUGAUUGUUUCGCCACCGCCAACCCCCAUGAAGCCUGCGGUUGCUCCCUGUUUCAAUGUGGGUGAUGCCCUGGGAGGUGAUUUUGCUUCCUGGGAGAGCUCGUUCCCUCCCGGGCUCAACUCAAAUGUGCCUUCUGCGAGUAGUCUGCUUGGGCCGGAGCACGGCAGCACGGCGGCGGGGGUGCGCACGGCGCAGCUGUUGCGCGUGCUGGGGAGUGAAACUGGCGGAG